ACUAAUUAAUCAUCAACCACUUGGUGAAAACCAAGUAAGCAAGAAAACUCCUUAGUGCAAUGUUCCAUGCAUUUGGACGUCUUGGUUCCCCCUCAGAUUGUUGAGCUUUGCAUCUUGCUGAGUUUGUUUGUAAGUUUGCUAUCAUAUUCUCUCCCCUUCUUCAAGCUGUCGUUGGAGGGGGAUUGGAAUGCUUACGCAUUGCCUGAAGAAAAUUUGGGCACUUUAUUUACGUAGUCUUGUCUAAUCCAGGUGCAAUAAUGUUGGUCGUGAUUACCUUCGGAGAAAUUUUCGUAAACCGAGUUUAGGCUUCGUUAAGCCAUCCUUGGUUACACUGGUGGUUGCUAUCUCUUUCUUGCUAAACCACUUUAAUUCAUGUACCUGUCAGCCUGUCACAAUCUUAAACCUUGCUCGUGUAGUACCAAAACUCGCGACUCUUUCCUCGACUUGUAAUGUUGCAAGCAAUUGUUGGUUCUUACCUACAAAAUAGUAGGUGAUGCCGUUGGGAGUUGACAAUCAGGGGAAAAGGGCUAGUCACUGUGCUGAAUUCUCUAGCUAGAUUGAGAGAUGCUGAAUAGAUGAAAAUGUGUGUAUUAGCAGAUCCUACACGAACAUAAACUGCCUUUCCUUGUCACCUUAUUGAACAUACUUUUCACACUUAUGAUUGCUCCUUCAGAAACAAGUUGUGUAUGCGGCGGCACAACAAGGGGAGGGCUCUUUAUUUAUCAGUCUUUGUGCAAUCAAGCCUGACAUGAUUGUCCUUUUUCUACCUAAUCCUGUACAAUCAUUGGCAUAACUAUCCCCAUGAUUGCUGUACUUUGCAUUUCGUAGCCCAGAAUCAUAAAAAAAAUUAAAUGUUUUAGCAGAAACAUGUUCUUAAGCUGCUAAAUAUUGAAAUCAAUUUUGUUCGUGGUCACACUUUUGCGGUGCUAAUGUCCUUGCAUUCCGUGGAAGCAAAGACCUGUUACAGUCCAAAAUGUGUAUAUUUUUCUUUGCACAAGGGCUAACUUUGAAAUUAUAUAAAUGCAAUGCAGUAUAACUAAUCCACAAAAGGUGAGGCGUGCUAUCAAUGAGGACAGAUGAUGUUGAUUUCUUGCUCACAUGCUAUGCAAGGAUAACAAUCAGUCAAUUGAUGUAGCAAAUGCUAUUGCAAAAUUGCAAUAGAGAAUGAGUGCUCAUUCAUUAAAAAGUUCAAAGGGACCAGUGUUUCCUCUACGAUCCAUUCUCGUAUUCUUCAUUGCAUUAUUUGGAUUCUAUGUUUGCUACUUCUCCUUUAAUCAGAUAGCUUUUGAAAAUGAAGAAAAGUUGACCAGCGAAGAAGAACAUACAGAAAUUCCUUGCAGAAAACCUGCAAUUCCACAUGAGCAGAUGCGAUAUGUACACUUUCCAAAGCCUAUGACUUAUGGCAGGGCCGAGUGUGCAUGUACUCCAGUCCGUUUCUUUGUUAUUGUAUCUAUGCAAAGAUCAGGGAGUGGGUGGUUUGAGACUUUGCUGAAUAGCCACCCUAACGUCAGCUCAAAUGGCGAAAUCUUCUCUGUGAGAGAUAGAAGAGAAAAUAUCUCAUCUAUUUUGAGGACUCUGGAUAAAUUGUAUAAUAUGGACUUGACCACUAGCGCAGCAAAAAAUGGAUGCACAGCAGCAUUUGGAUUGAAAUGGAUGCUAAAUCAGGGACUUAUGGAACAUCAUCAAGACAUUGUUAACUAUUUAAACAAGAAAGGUGGCAUGGUGAUAUUUCUUUUCAGGAGAAAUACGCUAAGGAGGCUUAUCUCUGUGUUGGCUAACAACUAUGAUAGAAAAACAAAACAGUUGAAUGGCAUUCAUAAAUCACACGUUCACUCAAAAGAGGAGGCUGAGAUACUUGCAAGAUUCAAGCCAAAGAUGGACUUAUCAAUUUUGAUUCCAAGCAUCAGAAAUGCUGAACAAUCCAUGAGAACUUGCUUGGGUCGCUUCAGCAGCACGCGCCACAUGGUCCUAUAUUAUGAGGAUGUGAUCCGCGACAAAAAUGAAUUGUCUCGAGUGCAAGAGUUUCUCGGAGUUCCUGUGAGGAAGCUGUUCAGCAAGCAUGUGAAGAUCCAUACCGGCCCCCUUCCGGAUCUCGUCGAUAACUGGGAGGAUGUGAGCGAGAUGCUAAACGGGACAGCAUAUGCUCGUUUUCUUGAUGAUGCAGACUAUGUCAAGUAAUGUCUUGUGCUUACAUGAGGAUCAAAUGGACCAUACUUGAAUUAUCAACAAAGGGUUCAAAAUAUGUCUUUUUCUUUUUUCUCUCCUCACAAACGCAUAACAGGGUUGCAGUUGCUACGGCAUUCUUCUGUAAGCAGUAGGUAGUUGAAAGGAUGAGGGAAGCAGAGUCACAGAGAUGAGAAAACUUGAUGUGUUCUUUUCCCUCUUAGAUUUUGUAUAGGUUUAUUGGUUUUCGGGGGGCCAACGAUGGUGGCUCACAAUUGAGUUCCAUCUAUAAAAUUCUUCCUAGGAAACAACAAUGAGCAGAUGCCAUUUAACAAUUUUUGCAAUUAAA